UCUACCUGACAGGGACUGAGAAGUGAGAGAGAGACACAGACGCGGCGCCAGCGCCAGAAAACAAGCACUUUAGACUUCUGGUGGGCUGUUUUUUGCCCUGUUAUCGGGCUGAUAGCUGCCUUUCUUAACAUUAGGCCGAAAAACUUUGUCGGAUGCAGACUGAGGAGGUGUAGAAAUGGCUUCUGAAGUGGCACCGAGUGUCAAUCCGACUGAGGCGGAGGAGCUUGCCCGCUCUCUGGGUGAAGCCCUCAGUAGUGGGGACUCUGAGGAAGCAUCUAAACUGUGCCAGAGGCUGAUCCAGCUCUCCGUCCCGGUGUCAGUCAGCAUCGGCAAUCAGAUCUACCCCCAGGAACCCAUAAGGUUGAAGGUUGGAGUGGAGGAUGGCCAGUCAGAAGACAACAUCCCAGUGACUCUUGAGGUUACUACGGGCAUGACAAUUGCUCAGUUAAAAGACAAGAUCAGCCAAGACUUUGGGUUCCACCCACUGCUGCAGCGCUGGGUGAUUGGAAAGCGGCUAGCUCAGGACCAGGACACAUUAUAUAGCCACGGUAUCCGAACGAGUGGAGACCAGGCUUUCCUGUUUAUCCUCUCUGCCAAUGCGGUUCAUCUCACAAGGCAUCAACACAACCAGGACCAGGAACAACAACGUAUAGAUGGUAUCAUGGAGUCGAUGCAUCCACUGCAGCUCUUUCCCAGAGGUCUGGGAGGAGGUGGUGGUGAGAAGACAGCUCCUGCUCCAGAAAGUCUAAACACUCCUCCUGCUCUUCCUCCUAGAGUUCGAACUCCUAAACCUAAGCCUCCUGUGGCUCCUAAACCUCAGUUGGGAUGGGCCUGUUCGAUGUGCACAUAUGUGAACAAGCCAACGCGUCCUGGCUGUGAGAUAUGUGGAGGGGAACGGCCUGCGGAAUACACGGUGCCUGACAUCUACCAGCCAGAUGAGGAUGAGAUUAAAAGGAUUCAGCAGGAAGAGCUGGCCAUGUUGCAGUAUGAACAGGCUAAGCAGAAGGAACGAGAACAGAACUACUUGCACUUGUUGGCAACAGAAGAACGGAACCUUAUCCCAAAUGCCGCAGAGGUGGACUGCCCAAUUUGCUUCAGUACCCUGCAACCAGGCGAGGGCAUCGUGCUCAGAGAGUGCCUCCAUACCUUCUGCAGGGAGUGUCUAAAAGGGACAAUAGUAAACAGUCAAGAUGCUGAGGUGUCCUGUCCUGACAACUGUGACAGCAAGUUACUGGACAGAGAGAUCAAAGAGCUGCUCACAGAAGAGGAGCACCAGCGGUUUCUGGAGUUGCGUCUGAGCAUUGCAGAGAGCCGCUCAGAGCACAGCUUCCACUGUCAGACUCCAAACUGUCGUGGUUGGUGUAUCUAUGAGGAUGAAGUCAAUGAAUUCCACUGUGAACUCUGUGAUGAAACCAACUGCAUCCUCUGCAGGGCCAUCCAUAACAACAUGAAUUGCAAGGACUACCAGGAUGACCUGCGCAUCCGAGCAGAGAAUGACCAAGCAGCUCAGAAAACUAAACAGAUGCUGGAGAGCCUGCUGCAGAAUGGGGAAGCCAUGAAAUGCCCACGGUGUGACAUCAUUGUCCAGAAAAAAGAUGGAUGUGAUUGGAUCUGCUGCUUGAUGUGCAGAACAGAAAUCUGUUGGGUCACUAAACAAGCCCGAUGGGGCCCAAAAGGCAGCGGUGACAUAUCUGGCGGAUGUAAAUGUCGAGUCAAUAAUCAGCCCUGUCAUCCUAACUGUCAAAACUGCCACUGACACAAUAACACUAAUGAACUCAUAUCAGUAACCUCAAUGAAAGCAAAUACACUGUCUGAAUAAAUACAGACCACAUCUCAUGCUUAGAUCUCUGGUUUACUGGCUGUUUGAUUUACAGCCUGUUUUACUGGUAUGUGGACAACACUCUGUGCAGUAGCUGUAUUGGUAUGUGUCCAGGUAUAUUUUUUAAAUCUGAUGUUAACACAGUGAGGGGGAUGCUUUACUGGGAUUUUCUUUUUUUUUUUUUUUGCUACAAUUAUACCCUCUGAUCUCUGGCUACAGCUUUCUUUCAGUUUAAUGAGCCAACAGUGAUAUGGUUUGCUUGAGUUUGGCUUCAGCUUACAACUUAUCAGAACCAGCAUUCCAAAAUCAUGUUUUACCUUUCUGAACAAAGAUGCAACAAACAGCUAUAUGCAUAUACAUUAUAUAAAACUGUCACUCCAAAGAUAACUACAUGUUAAGUGCUCCCUUGUUUAUUCUGUAUAUAAAAUCUGGCCAAAAGUAUCAGUAAUUUUCAUUCAUUUAUUCUUUUGCAACUUGUCUAUCAAACAGAUCAGUUCACAAAGGAGUGUUAGUAAUGCAUUCCAAAUAUGAAUGGUAAGGACUUUUUUUUUUUUGGAAGUAAUAACCAGUAUUUUUGCUUGAUAGGUGACUAAAAUGAUUGGCUUUUUUUUUCCCCCUCAGUCAACAAAUCAGGCUAUGGUGAAGGAUGUUUUGUUUACACUGAAUGUGUUCAUAAUGUAAAACAGGCUGCUCUAAUGCACUUAAUGAUGUUUAAAACACCUCUUCAGCUCAUUCCUGCAUUAAUUCCUGAAUACAGGAACUAAAGUACUACAAGUACAAUAUAUUUUAUGUCUUGUUAAGUCUUAUCGUUGGGCUUUAUUAUUGGAAACAUUUGUCUUGAGUCAUGAAGUAGCACCUAUUUGAAAUAGGAACUCAAAGCGAUGUAACUGUGCAUUUAAACUGAGAUUAAUAAAAUGCCUUACU